UACAACAUGAGGACCGUCACACCCUUCCCCUCCAGAGGACCUGGGCAGGCUUCCCAGUCUGCGGAGGACGGGACGGCACACUCCACAGAGAGAACAAGGUUUCCGUUUGCUGUUCAUGCAUGAAACUGAGGUGCAGCUGUGCACCCUGGUUUUAUACAUUUAAUAACGUUUGAGAAACAGGACUCAGGUCACCAAGAUGAAAGCCCUCAUCGUUGUAGCUGCUGGAGUAAUGCUUCUGUCGCCUACUUCUUGUCAAAGCGUUCCAGGCAUGGAGAAUGAUGUACACAAGUCAGCAGACCCAACCUUACCUAUUAAGACCUUCCGUGGGGCUCCCCCAAAUUCUUUUGAAGAAUUCCCCCUUUCUGCCAUAGAAGGAUGGACAGGAACUACCACAACUGUAAACAUUAAGUGCCCGGAAGAAAGGGUUUCAAAUCUCCACGUGAAUAAUGCUACCAUGGGGUACCUGAGCAGCUCGUUAAGUACCCAACUGAUACCUGCCAUCUACAUCCUGGUGUUUGUAGUAGGUGUGCCAGCCAACGCGGUGACCCUGUGGAUGCUCCUCUUCAGGACCAGAUCCAUCUGUAUGACCAUCUUCUACACCAACCUGGCCAUUGCAGACUUUCUUUUCUGUGUCACGCUGCCCUUUAAGAUAGCUUACCACCUCAACGGGAACAACUGGGUAUUUGGAGAGGUCAUGUGCCGGGCCACCACAGUCAUCUUCUAUGGCAACAUGUACUGUUCCAUUCUGCUCCUCACCUGCAUUAGUAUCAGCCGCUACCUAGCCAUUGCCCAUCCUUUCACUUACCGAGGGCUGCCAAAGCGGACCUAUGCCUUGCUGACAUGUGGAUUGCUGUGGGCGAUGGUUUUCUUAUACAUGUUGCCAUUUUUCAUCUUGAAGCAGGAAUAUUAUCUUGUCCAGCAGGACAUCACCACUUGCCAUGAUGUCCACAACACAUGUGAGGUCUCAUCUCCCUUCCAACUCUACUACUUCAUUUCCUUGGCAUUCUUUGGAUUCUUAAUUCCCUUUGUGGUCAUUGUCUACUGCUACACAGCCAUCAUUCGGACGCUUAAUGCAUAUGAUCACAGAUGGUUGUGGUAUGUUAAGGCCAGUCUCCUCAUUCUUGUCAUUUUUACCAUUUGCUUUGCUCCAAGCAAUAUUAUACUCAUUAUUCACCAUGCUAACUACUACUACAACAACACUGAUGGCUUAUAUUUUAUCUAUCUCAUAGCUUUGUGCCUUGGGAGCCUGAAUAGUUGCCUAGAUCCACUCCUUUAUUUUCUUAUGUCAAAAAUCAAAGAUCACUCCACUGUUUACCUUACAAUGGUGAAAUCACCUUAGAGAACAAGGAACGCUAUCUGUGAAAACACACAUUCUUGGGACAAAUAUAUGCCUAGUGCAAAGGGUUCUACCCUCUAGCUCCAUUCUUGAGCUUCUAAGAAAUACUGCUUCAAAAUAAAACAUUACAAAAGCACUUUUUAAUACUUUUUCAGGAUUUUAAGACUGUCAAUGCAGGAGAAAAGAUAUCAUCAUCCUUAGGGCAAGUGACACACUUGCCUGACUGGUACGUCAAGAUCUUUAAUUCUCCAUCUUCCCUACUUCCAGGAGUAGCGUCCUAGAUGUUCUGGAGGAGGAGGUGGGACAAGGGCAAAGCACAGGGAGAAGCUACGGUCUCAGUCUUCAGUGUUUGCCAUUAUUUUUGAUUUGUCUGCCUCCUUCAACUCAUGCUGGUGGUGCCUCAUCAGCUCACUCUCAGUGAUUUUUAUCACGAGGGGCCAUUACUCUAUCCCCACCCUUGUCUUCUAACCAUUCUCUUCACUGCCAGCCUAUUCUCCUAUUUCACCAGCCUUUGCCAGAUUGAUCUUCCUCAAAUCAGAUAGAUCACAUCACUCAAAAACCCAGGCUCAAGCACUGCCACUGACUGUCCACUGCUUGGGAAUAAACUAAUAAAUCUUUAGCUUGGUAUUCAGAGAUAAUUUUCCAACUUUACUUCCCAAUAAACCUUGCUUGCAAAGUAAGCACCAGCCACGCUUCUCGAUUUGCUAUAAUCUUGACUUCUCCUCUCUUUGCUCUUGCCUUCUAAUUGCAAAGCUGUUUUUAACAUGCUUGCCUGAAUUCUUUCCAUCUCUUAAAGUCUUCAAUGGACCAUUCUUCUGAUUCUCAAGCUAGAAGUUCAUUGUUCUCAUCUCUCUUAUACUUUUGACACUUAUGUAGUUCAUUUAUCUACAAAUACUAAUUCCAUAAACAUUUAUUAAGCAUCCUAUAUAGUAAAUAAGGGGCUAAUCCUCCCCCUUUUUUAGCUUCUUGUAGACCCAAGUGUUUUCAGGGUUUGUGGGGCCCAGAUCCAGGUUUGUAUACGAAGUUGCUGAGUGAAUAAAUAAAAUCUGAAAACAUCAAAGCA